UGCCGGGACGGCCAGCGGGGCCCGGGGCCCAGAGCAGCAGGCUCCUGGCCUCCCCACAGAAGCUGGCCGGCAGCCCCAGGCUUGGCCACAGUGUCCUCCAGCGUCCGUCCCACGGGAAGCUCGCCGGGGGUGUCUCGGGGUGGGAACCAGCGUCCUCGCUUUUCUGGGGCCCCUGGCCAGGCUGCCGCAGCCGGGAAUGCUCGCUCGGACAGGCUGGUGUGCGGGGACCCCGCGACCGCCCCAGCCACACUGCCCAGCCUGCCCCCGGGCUUGACCCCCCACGACCAGGUCGGUCCUCGGCGGGGCCUCGCAGGAAGCGAUCGUGUCCCCUGGAAGCGUCGGGACCAGCUUCCCUGGAAGGGGGUGGGCUGCCUGCCGUGCGGGCGCCGGGGCCUCCCCCACCCGAGGGCUGAGCAGGAAGGGGAAGUGUGGUCUGGCUGGGGCUCACUGCUCCGGGGUGGGCGGGAAGCCUGUGGGCGAGGAAGGCCUCUCCCCAGCUGUGCCUGAGCCACCACACUCGGGCCCCUGCUGUCCCCUCAGCCGCUCACAGAUGGACACGCUCGCCACCCAGGGUCCCAUCGCGAUGGAUUGGUUGAGGGACAAUUUCUGGAUCAUCCUAGCUGUGGCCAUCUUCACUGUGUCCGUGAGCCUGGCCCUCAUCCUGUACUGUGCCUGUAGACAGCUGUUUAGACAAGGCAAGAGGUGGGACGUUGCCAAGCCCUUGGGAAGAGGGCAAAGUGACGAAGAGAAGACGUAUGAGAAUGUUCUUAAUGAAUCACCAGUUCAGUUACCCCCUCUGCCGCCCAGGGGUUUGCUCUUCCCAGAACACACCCUCCCACAGGACACCCCGAGCCAGCCACCGGCCACAUACUCGCUGGUCAAUAAGGUCAGAAAUAAGACCCUCUCCAUCCCGAGCUACAUCGAGCCUCUAGAUGAUUAUGAUGAUGUCGAAAUCCCCGCAAAUAUGGAGAAGCAUCACUUCUGA